AGGUUAUUCAGCCACUGGGAGACGGGGAUUAUAUCAAGUGGAUUUGACAAAUAGUAAACCCCUUGGAAAAGAACCAAUGCAACUUCUUAUUUCUUAUGGAAGAGCGCUUGACUUAGCAGUGAUGUUGCGGUGUUAACGUAAUGGAUAUUCAGCAUAUUUAAAAAGGAAGAGCGGAUUUGUUUUUGUGGAGUCUGGCUUGUCUGGAGAGGAUAUCUUAAUCAGCGUCAUGACGGAUUCCUCCAAACCCCCUUCAGGGAGGAGAAUGAAAGUUCCUGCCCCAGCUCCACCGCAGGCCCCCCAACCUGCUCCUCGACAUUUGUUCAGGUACUCUGCACCUGAUGGAGGAGGGACAUCAGCCAUGGAUGUCAAGGAAAACAUCCUAAGACCCACCAUCGUUUUCCAGCUAACUCUACCACAUGGCUACCAGGUUUCUGUAACAGAGGAUGGAAGUAAACCCUUGAUGGAUUUGCUGGUCGAUCUGUGUGGUCACCACCAUCUUAACCCGUCAAUGCACACCUUGGAGCUGCUUUCCCCCGAGGGUCACUCUUUGGGAUUCAAGCCCAACGCCCUGCUUGGCUCCUUCAAUGUGGCCUGCGUGCUCAUCAAGGAGAAAGUCGUGGAGGACAAAGUGUCGCGUAGACCAGCUCCUAAAGUGCCAGAGAAAACUGUGCGUUUGAUGGUGAACUUCCACGGCAACCAGAAGGCCGUCCUACGGGUCAACCCGCUGGUUCCGCUCCAGGCUUUGAUACCGGCCAUCUGUGACAAGUGUGAUUUUGACCCGGCACAUGUCCUGCUCCUGAAAGACUGCGUCAGUCGCCACGAGUUACCGUUGGACAAAUCUCUGACAGAGCUGGGCAUCAAAGAACUCUACGUGCACGAUCAGAGUCUAGUUUUACAGCCUAAAAUGGCUUCUGCCCCUGUUCUGAACAACUCAGAUUCUUUUUAUUCCAGUACUACCAGUCUGGGAAGACCCCAAAAGAAAGGGUUGCUAAAUAUUUUCCCAUUCAGCAAAAGGAAAUCAAAGACUGACAAUAAGUCUUUGGACAUGGAUGACUUUGAUGACAUUGCAGUUCAAAACUCAGACUCAAAAUUCAAUGGUCUGUCCACUGUGUCAGGGGUCUCCUAUAAAGAGGAACAUCCAGGCUCCCUGGAGCAGUCUCAGUCCUUCACUGAUAUUCCCACGAUGCAUGCCAAAGCUGAGUCCAAGAAGAGAAGGGCCCCAGCACCACCUGCUGUCCCAGUACCCAGCCAAGGAAACACAAGCUUUAAGAGCAAUCAGGAGGGCCCUAGUUCAGAAGGCCAAAGGAAGAGAAAGGCUCCACCUCCUCCACCCACGCCUUCCCCCAUCGCUCUGGAUUCUGAUGAUCCUUCAACAACUGUUGUUUCCGUUUCCAAACCCCGCAGCAUUGAAAUUCCCACCCCAGUCCCCCGUACCAGAACACCACAAUCGCCCACAUUCUCUGAUGACUUUGGGGUCAUGCAGGCAGCAGAAGUUUCUCGUGGUGAAAAGGCACCAAAACCUCUGCCCGUGCGCGAUGCCACUCCACCCCGAAGUUCUCCGUCCCCCAGCAGCAGCACCACCACCACAGACAGCCUGGUUGUGCAGGAUUCCAGCUCCGAGCUCAGCCGCAGCCUUGACGACUCGGAUGUUGACCUUGACCAGGCCGGUUCCCGCUGCAGCACCAGUAGCGCGGCCAGUGGGCCUUUGCAGGUCCAGCCCACAAUAAAAAAGACCAGCACGACGGCCACCCGACAAAAUAAAGAGAAAAGUUCUGACAGCAGUUCCAGGUCAGACUCUGAGUCGGCCCUGAAUCUCGCACUGGACGAAGCGGAGAACAACAGACACAGCGGAAUGGGUUGGCUUCACUCCAAAAAGGCUUCAUCCAUUGUCCAGAAACAAGAAACCACAGCGCCUGAGGCUGAAACUCUUUCUCUAGGCGGCAGCAGCGUUGGCAGCAGCCUUCCCGACCAAGGUUAUACUCCUUCUGAAGGUGCGGCAGAGGGCGAGGACUCUGGCAUUGUCAGUUCCCCGUCUGACACCCAGAUGACCUCUCCUGAGGGGAGUUUAUCAGCUGAUGGAAAGACCGGUGACACAGGAGAGAGAGUACUCAUUAUGGAGGCUUCAAGUGACAGUGACGAAGAAAAUACCACUUGGGGAGAAAAAGACAGUGUCAGAAGCCCUCAUCCAGAAUCUGUCAAUGGCUUUAAAGACGACUCUGAGCUCACAAGCCAGCUUCACCAGACUUUAGCAGAUUUGGAAGCAGACCUUGCAGAACAUGAAGUAAUCAUCUCUGCCAAAAAUGGCCCUUAUGUCAAGUCCACAGACAGCAGCGACGUUCCUGUGUCUGUAGUGGACAUGGAUGUGCCAGUCACAGCCAUAGAUGAGGUACUGGAGGAAUUUGAAUUUGUUGAAGAGCAUGAAGUGGAACCACUUACAAAGACUGAAUCAACUGACAGCAAAGGCUCCAUUCAUCACCCUGAUGAUGAGCAACAGAACCAAAACAACAGCGCCUAUACAGCUGCUCUUGCCGACAAAAUAAGCAGUGCAAGUUCAAAAUCCUCUGAAAAGUCCAUUGCACGACAGGAGAUCAAAUCUACAGGUAACAAAAAGGAAAAAAAGGCAAAAGACAAAAAAAGUAAAGAGAAGAAGAUUGCUGAAAGCAGCACUGCGAAAGAGGACACUCGAACUCUGGCAGUGAAAUCCAGUGCUGACCCUCAGAAGACCAGCAAGCCUCCUGUGAUCACAGCUGACCUUGCGCAACAUAACACUCAGUCCGUCCAGCAGAAGAAGUUUGAACUUCCAGCAAAGACUCAGAGAUCAGUUUCUCCUGGGAAGGAUGAAGCGACACAUAAAGUAAACCAAAUCAGCUCUAGUGUCAGUCCUCUGCAUGGUAAAAUUACUCACAACGCCACAUCCCGCUUCGGUAUGAAAACAUUCACCGUGGUCCCUCCAAAACCCUCCGUCACAAACGUCACCAAGACAGAGCCGACCGACUCAGGAGGUCGUUUUGCUAUUAAGAUCGAUGAUCAGGGGAAUAUGGUGGCAGCAGGCAUACCUCGCUUAAAAUCAAAAGAGCCACCUAAAUCGGAGAUUGAAAAUGGCACUCCUGUUUGUGAAAAUGCCAAAGCACUUUGGAGUUCUGAUGGCAGAAAAGAAAAUUUGGUGACUCAAAGAAAAGGUCAAGUUGAUAAACUUAAGGAGGGCACAGAUGUCCUGAGCAUUGCCUCUUCUGUUGGCUUGGAAGGAAAAUUAAAGACCAGCAACCCAGAGCACCAGAAAGCAACACUAACAGUUGAAACUACAGUGGCGGUGAAAGAAGAUCACAAACUGCUUCGAAAAGACAUGAGUCCAACCAGGGAGUUGACCGAGGUGGAGAGCAAGAUUUCAGGGUCCAACAAUGUUCAGAGGCCAAGUAAUAAACCCUCACUUCCCCCUCCUCUGCACUCAGACAGAAAACAGCAACUCAACUUUGUAAAACCAUCCAGGAGGACAUCCAGCCAGUAUGUGGCGUCUGCCCUCGCUAAGUACACCCCAAAGACAUCGACGAAACCUUCCAACAUCCCUAAAACUACAGACUCCCCUGACUCAUUGAAAACAGAGAAGGCUGAACGUUCCAAGAAACCAGUCGCUCAACUCCAAUCCUCUCAGGCAUCUUUGUCAGACAUUACGGAGAAUGACUCUACUUCCACAGUCAACGCUACUUGUUCCAAGAGGUCCACGAUCUUCCCAGAGUGCAUAUCAGACAGUCAGAGGGAGUUUGCUCAGGUGAAAAUAAGCAGGGAACUAUUUGAAAAUGAUGCUGCUGCCAAGAAACAAGUUUUGGAUCCAGCUGACAAAGAAACAGCCAAGAAAAAUCACAGUCACUACAAUGGAUCUCCACAAAUACAAGUCUCUAGCAACAGCAGUGGCGAUUACAUUAAACACCAUCAACCUCAAACCCCCAGUCUGACAAAAAGCAGUGCCCUACACUCAUCUUUCAAACCGCCCACAGCCCCAAAGACCAAACCACAAGACCAGGUAGGUGGAGUAAAGGACGUAGUGAAGGAAGUGAAACUGCAAUCAUCCACUGCAGUAUCAGACGGCACUGAGACACCUGGGUCUGUGGCAGGUGUGACCUUGUUUGGGCCCGUUAAAAAGUUCAAACCAGUCAUCUGUAAAUCUGUUGAGAAAGAUACGUCUCUGCACAGCAGCCUGAUGGAAGCAAUCCAGACAGGUGGAGGCAAGGAGAGGCUGAGGAAGAUAUCCACUACCGCCGACAAUGGUAAUAAAGUGGCCUAUGAUGAAGAAGGCAAUGAAAGAUCCGCUCUUCUAGCUGCCCUUAGAUCUCAGAACAUCAGCAGACUGAAAAAGACAAAAUCUAAGGCCGCCAGCGAGGUUGAGCGGUUCAGGAAGGAGUGCUCAAAGGAGGAGAAAACGGUGGAGUCAUCCCCCUCCCCUCCGUCGUUGAUCAAACCUGCUUUCACUCCACCACCUCCACCUAUGAGUGCACCUCCACCACCUCCUCCUCCUGUAUUUCCCCAGGGUAAACCUAACCCUGUGGGUCAUUUAAAUGCCAACGCCCCCUUGAACCCUGCCCUGGCUAGGGAGGCUUUGCUGGAGGCAAUUCGCUCUGGGUCUGGUGCUGAGAAACUUAGAAAGGUAUCCACCCCCAGAAAGACUGUCCAAGUGAACAGCAGGCUGGGAACUAUUCAUAAAACCUCAUCAACGAUCCUUCAGCAUUGAGCUGGUGACUUCCAAAUCACAACAACAAGGAUUCAAGCUGGAAUGUGAUUGAUACUUUUUAACAUUCAAAUUAUUUUAAGACAUACCUGGACUGAGUCACUGUACAUCGUAGAGAAGGGUUUUGCACUACCAUAGCUAAAUAAAUAGAUUUCCUAUUUUAAGCUGUCUACUUUGACUACAUGUAGAGCAUCUGAUGCCUUAUGCUUAAAUCAAUGCAGUUUUAGAGGAACUGGGUAUAGGGGAUAUUAUUGAGAACAAUAUUUGCCUGUUUGUAGCAUUUGCAACAGUCUGAGAAAGGUGUCAAAUGUAAAAUGUUUGCAGUAAAAAUGACACCCACGAUAUGAGAUGGAUCAACCUUCACACGACGCUUCGGAAAAUGGUUGUAUCCAGUGUAAUACCAUGAUGAUGUUUCUGAUUAUACCUUGCCAUUUGGACUCAAAUCUAUUCUUAUAGAACAUUGUGCAAAAUGUGCCAAUGAAAGCAAUGGUACACCGGAUUUUUAAUUUGUUUUUUGUUCAUCUUUUUGUUGACCUGUACUGCUUGUAAGCUAUGGAUGCCUUACACUGCUGCUGAAUCAGUGUUAUUUCUAUAAUGUCUGCUUCGUAAAUUGUAGAAUGAGUGCAAUAACAGUGUCUGAUGAUGUUUCCAGAUUUGGAGUAUUUAAUAUUUUUGCAUUUUAAGAUUAUUUCAAGCACAUGAAGGAAGCGAUGACGCGCAAUGCUUGUGUAUAUGUUCUUUCUUUUUUUUUUGUUAUCCGGUCCUUGUUGCCACCAUCCACAAUUUUAGGUGCAGUUCACUAAAGAUAAACUCGCUCGUGCCUGGAAAUUUACUUUAUUCAUUUUCAAGCUGCUUUCAGGCCUUUUCAAGACUUUUUUGUUGUUUGGAACAGUUUCAAAGAACUGUUUUGUGAUAUAUUUACAAGGCCAUUAUUAAUGAAUCAUCUUUUCAUCUAGAUCAUUAUGAAGUAAAGCUGUAGGUAAACUUACACUUUGCCUCAAUUUAAGCUUAUUGGGUUUUUUUUUUCUGCACCCAUCCAAGUGAUAUUCGGGGGAAUCCAGGAUUUGUAAUGAACCCGAUAAAUGUCAUUGCACAGCUGUUGGAAAAGUAGAUUCAAUCCUAAUUGCCUUUAGAAUGAAGAUAGAUUCAGGUACAGUUAAUUGCUGCUGUAUAUUUAAAAGUAAUUUUUGACUAAACGGAGUUCAGUUGACCGUUUUGUGGAGAUUUGUUCAACUACAGUUUCAAUACUUUUAGAUUGUAUAAUAUACAGACUUAAGCCUAAUGCACAAUUGUGUAUGUUUUUUUUUUGUGAAAAUUUAAGAUCAUUUCAUAGAUUUGAUUUAUGAUACUAAUAGACUGAGUCUUUUAUAAGCUAUUAUCAUUUUUCCUUGUUGGGAGUUGCACAGUUAUUUUUGUUUACCUACAUUUUUGAUUCGAUAAAUAAUUUUUUAAUCAAGAAAAAGAGUGCUUUGUGAACGGUUUUUGAUUGUAUAAAGCUGUUGUAUUUAGAGCAUGAAGUGUAUUUAAUGUAUUUGUGUGCUGGAGCCUCUUUCAGCAUUGAGGUUGUCCAAAGGCUGUGGUCAUCCUGCUGUUCUUAUGAAAUACAACUUCUCGGGCACACCACAGAUGAGCUGCUAUUCCGAGCAGCAGCUCAUGGUCCUGACUCAUCAUUGUGCGGUCAUACAAAAUUACUUUUAAAGAAAGGACCGUGAACUUCCUGAUUCCUGAAAUGUUAGUCACCGUUUCGCUCUACGUUUCACCCCCGAUGCAACGAAGGGGCACAAAAUAUGUCCAUUAGUUGCAGAAUGAAAUGCACAGUUCAGAUUCUGUUUUCAGAUUCCACAAAAGAUGAAUAAGUCUUAUGGUGCUUUACAAUGUUAUUUGCUUAUAACGUCUCUUCAGGUAUGUCUGUAAUUAAUUAGAAAGGUAGGGUGGUUUAAUUCUGAUUCUACUAAGCAUUUAACUAAGUUGUGAUUACGUAUCUGAAUUUUACAUAGUUUUUUUUUUUUUUUGGUUUCUUUUUUUUGCAGAAAGACUUUUUUUGACACGGCUUGAGAGGAAUCUUUUACUGAAAUUUGUAAACUUCCCAAAUGUGAAGUAUGGGGGUGGCAGCAUUAUGUUGUUUGCUUCAGGACUGACUGGUGCACUGCAAAUAUUGAAACAACUUUUUGACGUCAGUCAUGAAGUGAAAGCUUGGGCACAAAUAAGUCUUCCAAAUGACCUACAGCACACUGCCAAAGUAGUCACAGAAUGAGAAAUGCAAUGCUACCAGUGUUAUUACAAAUAUGAAGGAAGUCGGUUCAAACUUCAGAAUUUAAAGAAUAUUUCUAAGAAGUAAUUAAAAUAUUUUCCUGAAGUUGCCUUAGCAUUUGUCAAGACAAAUCAUUUAAUUCCGACCACCCCUAAAUAGGACAAGUUUGGUCUCAUUUAUUGUCGGACAUUAAGGAUAAAAUAACUACUUUUUUUUUUUUUUUUAUACACAGAAUCUGUAAACGCCUGAACUCAACUACAUUGAACUGCACCAAAUCCCUGUAGUCGGUGUGCACAGCCGGAGCCUUCUCGUUUUGAUCCCAACAGCUUACCGCUGUGUACUUGUGCACUCAGAUUUCAAAUCUGAAAUAUUCUACCAAGCAUUAAAAAUGAAGCCAAUGCUGUUGUGCCUGAUGUUCUCUCAGCCAGUGGUAGAAGUCUUCAGAAUCUAUCCACCUAUCCUUUGCAAAGCCCUUUAAAGUUUUCAACAGUAGCACCAUGCCACCUUCAGUGUAUCUUAUUCAAAUUUUCUGCAAUAGAUCAACAAAAAUAUCCACACGUUGAUCAAUUUUAGACUUAAAAAAAAACUGAAAAGUGUUGCAGUCAUUUGCAUGCAACUGUCUUUUAGUGUUAAACUCCCAGUUUUGCUAAGGCAUGAGUGGUUUGUUUUAUAACCACUCUGUGUUGACUGAUCACAUAAAGUCAGAAUAAAAUACGGUAAUUUUGUGGGUUGAA